AUGGUUUUCUGCAAGUUGUUUUGCUUUUUGAUACCAGUGAGUUGAUUUUAUGGAUAUGUUUUAGAGCGGUAAAUCAUUUUUAUUCAAAACAAAUUGGUGUGAAUUUAAGUUAUAUUUAAUAGCAAAAACUAAAGACUUGGUUGUUAAAUUGAUCAAAUCACAACACAAUGAUUGUUUAGUUAAAUGUUAACUAUCAGUAGUAUUGCUUGUUGUUUGUACUAAGCUUGGAUAUCUUAUCGAAAACUGAAUUUACUGCUGCUUUCCUUUGGUUCUUGGUGGAAUUAUCCCGAUUAAAUGGAUUAACCUGGUUCGUAUACGGUAUUUUUUGUAAGUCUACCAAUUGAUAUCCAAUCUACACGCGAUUUAAAGUAAAUACUUUCACGAUGCAAUAAGGAAAAAUUAAUAGAUCUGAAGCAUCAUUUGCAACCGAAACCAAGGAAAAUCAGUUUAAUGAGAAUCGACAAAUCUUCAUAGACUGUGGUUAACAAUUUUCAACGAAUACUGCUUUUGAAAGUGAGACUGAAAAGUGGAAUGCAAAAUGUGUUUAACCAUCAACAAUGAAAAUGCCAUUCCCUGGAAACGUAUUCAAUUGAAAAGAUCUAAAUUAAAAUCAUCUGUUAAAACGUCUUCGAUGUUGGCUGGCUUUGCCAUUGUAGCCAUGGUUGAAGUGAGUUUCCAAAAUGAACCAGAUAAUCCAGUUCCACCUUAUCUUCUAAUGAUAUUUGGUAUCAACUCUAUUACUCUUGUUUCCGUUCAUAUGUUGGCAUUGAUGAUAUCAAUCUGCAUUUUGCCCAGUCUGGACGAAAUUUGUGAAGCCAACUCAUUCGGUAAAAUCAAUCCAAAUUCAUCUCCUGCUGAAGAGUUAAGUAUUUUUAUCGAAAUAGCUUGGAUAUUGUCAAAUGUUGUUGGUCUUCUACUGUUUCUAAUUGAAUGUGUCAUCUGUUGCUGGCUUAAAUUUUGGGAAAAUGGUUCUCCUCGAGGGGAACCAGGAAAACACGUAGCAUUUGCUGCAACCAUUCUAUUCCUUCCUAUAUUGGUUACAUUUGUUUUCUUUGCGAAUCACUUUUAUCGCUCUCUGGUUAAAUAUAACUUGCAAAGAUCAACAUUUCAAUUGAAAGAAGUCGAAAAUCUUGCCCUUGGUUUGAGAACUGUAUUUCCUAUUGAAACUUCAAAUCUAAAACCCGAUUUUGGUCCAUCAAGAAUCAUGAGCAUUUAAAUUGCCAUAAUUUACCUGGAAAAUUUUUUAAGUUAUAAAAUACAUUUUUAUUUAUGAUUAUAGCCAAAUUACACUUACAUUUCUUCCUUCAUUCUGUAAAAACUGACUUUUUAUUAUCCACUGUUGAACUUAUUGUAUAAUUUGUAUAAUAUUUAAAUGCAAUGAAUUAUUGAAAGAAAAAUCAAAUAAAAUCUUAAACAA